AUGGGGAUGGAUGGAGGGGAGGGGGAGGAUGGGAGAGAUGGAGGGGAGGAGGGAGGAGAGGAGGGAGGUGAGGGGGAAGCGAGUGAGGAGGAGGAGGAUGCAGGGCAGGCGAAGAAGUCUGUGUGGCGGCACUUGAGGCAUCUACAGCAAGCCGUGUCGCUGCUGGCAAUGGAGCACAAGCCGUCGUGCUCGCUGCAGCACCUGCGCUCGCUGUGUCCAGACCUGAACGCGAAUCAGCUGGUGCAUCUGUGCGUGUGGUACCAGGACGACUGCUACAGCACACAGGGGCUGCCCGCUGCUGUGGUGGACCAGCUGUGGGGGGAGGUGGAUGAACGCACGCCCAUGCUGCUGCAAGAGAGCCCCAGGACCCCUGUGAGCAUAGCAGACAGCACGGAGUGGUUUCCCUUCAUUCAUCACGAUGCCGCCAACCCGCAGUUCCCCGCCUUCCUGCGCUCGCUGCUGCUCAAGCGAGCCUCCUCCACACGCUCCUCCCUGCACACCCCCGCCAGCAGCACUGACAGCCACCUGCUGCCCCACAGCACCCCACUCCUGGGGCCGCAGUUGCAUGGCUUACAGUCACAUGGCAUACAGUCACACGGAGUACAGUCACAUGGGGUACAGUCACAUAAGCCAGGGAUGAAUCGCCACUCGCAUCAUCGAGUAACCAAUGGGGAUUUGCAGAGAGGCUGGCUCGCUUAA